AUGGUGCUUUUUACCCUCAUUGUGUUCAUUGUUUUGAUAGCAAACUCUGCAGGAAAGUGCAUUCCCAAUAAACAAGAUGUGAUCAUAGUACAUUGUUAUCCUAAGUCUAUUGUGGCUAAAAUUCCAGAGUGCCCCUAUGGAUGGGAGAUUAGCCAGCUGGCCCUAGGUGGAGUGUGUUAUAACGGCAUUAUUGAGUCUGGUUACUAUCAAUUUUCCAUUCCGGACCUGUCACCCAGAAAUAAAACAUACUGUGGAACACAGUCCGAUUUCAAGAACCCAAUCUAUCAUUUCUACAACUCAAUAGUGUCCAACGACAGCACCCUGAUUGUGAAAAACCAGCCUGUGAACUACUCCUUCACCUGCACUUACCAGUCCAACUAUUUGGUCACUCAUGCGGCUUUUGACCAAAGAGUAGCCACAGUUCACGUGAAGAACGGGAGCUCAGGAUCCUUUGAAACCCAACUGUCUCUCAAUUUCUACUCUAAUGCCAAGUUUUCCACCCAAAAAGAAGCUCCGUUUGUUGUGGAGACAUCAGAUAUCGGCUCCGAUGUCUACGCUGGAGUCGAAGCCAAAGGAAUCAGCAGCAGGUUCAAGGUGGUGCUGAACUAUUGCUGGGCCACUCCGGCUCCUGACUAUGCUUACCAUAUUCAGUGGCAGCUCAUCAGUAAAGGGUGCGCCUCGGAUGACACCAUUCUGGUGCAUGAAAACGGGAAGAACAGCCGGGCCACCUUCCAGUUUAACGCCUUCCGCUUCCAGAAUGUUCCCAAACUGUCCAAGGUCUGGCUGCACUGUGAGACCUUCCUGUGCGACAGCGAAAAGUUUUCCUGCCCAGUGACCUGCAGCAAGCGAAGGCAGCAGAAGGAACAGACGGGAGGGGUUCUGGUGGCUGAAUUUGUCUUGCGGAGUGCUGCUUCCUUACUUAACGCCAGACUUGCAGUGAUCCUGCACCAUCUCCUGCUCACUGUGGGGAUCUGUACAAUCCUGACCUAA